AUGUACGAUACCUGCGAAAUUAACCCUCGACUGUACAUAAAACACCCCGCGAGGGCCAAAGUGGCAUCCACUAGUCAGCCACGCGAUAUCCCUUUACGAGCCAAAAGUGUCUGUUUAGUAGAACGACCUAAAUCACAAUAUGCACGGAACGUUAGAAGUGCGGACCACAAUCGUUUUCGAUACACUGAAAAACUCUUCCAUAAGCGUCCACAAUCAACUGAGAAAUUUCAAUGCAAACCCUGCGAUAUUGUCGUUAAAAAGCAAAACAAGAAAUUAACCGAGAAAGUACCAUUUAACGUGUCCAUCCAAACUCUCUCCAUACCCAUGAAGUAUGCCGAUAACCCCAAACCUAGACAUUCAACCUCCAAACCGGCACAGAAUUUAUGUAAUACUAAUCAAAUCGAUGCUAACAGAACUAAGUCUUCUAAUCCUUCUAAACAGGUCAGCGACAACAAGAGGCUGUGUCAAACUGUUGGCUGCGGGAAAGAGACGGAGAACAAACUGCUGUUGCAGAUCAGCGAAGCCGAGCAAGUGUCGGACUUUGAAAGGAUUCUUAAUUGUAAUACAAUACUGAGCGAGCGCUCGCACGGUCACGUGUGGCGUGGUUGUUUGGCACAUAAACCAUCAGCAUCUGUGGUGCCGAGACCUCGUUCUGCCUACUCACUAUAUGCAGUGAGCCAGGCCUAUCAAUACUUGUUCCAACAACACGAAGAGUCUCUGCAACCCCUCAUCGAUAAUUAUAGACAAGCACAUAUCGAACAUAAAGGUAUCCCUCCUGUAAGUUUUCUUGGUAACAGCUGGUACGAAAACCUACAAGGUCUUACUGAAUUCUAUGAAGACGAUCAAGCUUUACAAAACGAAAUCGAAACAAUCACUGAGCGCAUUAUCACCGAGGAGGUCAAAACAACAGAAGAACCCAAGCAGUCAAAUAGAAGUAAGAAUUUCAAUGUAAAUUUAGCUGGACUAAUAGGUCUUCAUGUGAAUGGAGAAAGUUGCACCGCCGCCUUAAACCGUGAGGACAUCGUCUCUUCGCCAGACGUAGAUAGAGCAAAUGAAGAUGAGAAGGAAUGGCUCAAUCCGAUUAUGAGCGCAAACUCCAAUGACCAAAACAAAGAUAAAGACUCUCAGGUAGAUUGUUUAGCACAAAACCUAAAUACGGUUAAUAUUGACAGUGAUGGUAAAGUGCCGACCAUAACAUUUAGUAACUGCUGCGAAGGUCUCGCAAGAAACGACCAGCCAAGCAAUACCGAACUUGACAUUCACCUGACUGUGCCCUCUGUUGACAGCGCUGAUGAAUCCCGCCCACCUAUGAUGUAA